AUGGAAGUGGAUGGCGCUAUUAUCAAUUCUAUUGAAAAUGAUCACUUGGAAAUAUUAAAGAUUUUAUGGCCACAUUUCAAGACAUCACCAAUCACUUUUCCACUCCGAACAAAAGAACUUCUUAUUGAUAAUGAAGAUACAGAUCUAUUGAAAUGGUUAUAUGAAAACAUUACAGACUUUGGUGAGAUGAUACCGAUUUCAUACUUUUUUAAAUCAAUCGAAAAAGGAAAUCUGUCAAUGGCAAAAUUGAUUUUUGAACACAUACCCAAACCAAACACUAUAGAGAUUAGUAAGACAUUAUAUUUCGCACCAUUUACAAGUGAUAUCUUAUGCCAGAACCAUUAUGAAAUACUUGAGUGGAUUUUCGAAACAUUCAAAGAUGAACUAACCAAAGAAAAAGUCAUAGUAUAUAAACAGGUUUUGGAAUCUAAUUAUCCAAAUUCAAUUGAAUCAAUUGAAAUUAUAAAUAAAUAUUUAAAAUGA